AUGGCGAACCAAGUUAGCCUCAUGGACUAUUUACAACACGGCCCUAUACCCCUUCCUGUUAUCGACCAAGGGCAAUCACCACGCAACGAACGAAAUGAUAGUUACAGCUCCGAUGAUAUUACUAGCGUAGGCCAUUGGGCUGAAUUUAAUCUUACCUCUAUUCAACAACAAUACGGCGCUGUUCUAGCUGCAGCAUGUAUUGCAGAUGAAGUAUUCCCACCUUCUCCUCCACGGCCAGUCAACUCAAAGUCCGCAGUCCGAUCCCGUAUCAAUGCCUAUCUAACCAAUCGAGUCGUACGUGCUCUCCGCUGCGGAUUUGCCCAUAUAACCUCCACCAAUCAGCUGGCCGGCCUAUCGGUUUUGAAUUAUGACACCGGGACAUUGGCUGCAACGAUUGAUAACUUCGUCCCUGAUUUGGGCUUCUUUGAUCCUAGUCCCCCCGUGGAAACCAGACCAAACCGUGCUCCAGGCGACAUUAAACCGUCAUUCAAAUGGUCUCUGGAGCUGAGAAACCACCCUACCGCAGGCAUUCGAUCGGAAUUCAGACAGGCUCUCUCUCAAGUCAAUUGGUACAUGAAUCAACACCACGCACGAUAUGGCUUUAUUAUUACUGAUAGAGAGCUUGUCGCUAUUCGGAGACUUGACAGCAAUGGUAAUUUGGAGCUUUCAGCCUCAAUUCCUUGGGAUGCGAAUGGUACGGCGGCACAACCGCAAUUAACGGUGUUACUUGGACUUUGGUAUUUGGGCAUGCUUGCGGCAAAUGACUAG